AUUAAACCACUCUUCAAGUCUUCACUUUCCUUUUAUUCGAAGCCUACGUACAUUUCUCCUUGAAAAAAUCACCUUCAAUUUCCCUCUCUCCCCUCAAACAUCAAUGGCGUUGGAAUGGGUUGUUCUCGGCUACGCCGCGGCUGCAGAAGCAAUCAUGCUCCUUCUCCUAACAAUUCCGGGUCUUGACCCGCUCCGAAAGGGGCUCAUCACCGUGACCCGUAAUCUCCUCAAACCUUUCCUCUCGAUUGUACCUUUUUGCUUGUUCUUAUUAAUGGAUAUCUACUGGAAGUACGAGACCCGACCCAGUUGCGAGUCACACGAAUCCUGCUCCCCAUCUGAAUACCUACGUCAUCAGAAAUCCAUCAUGAAGUCUCAGCGCAAUGCGCUCCUCAUCGCAUGUGCUAUCGUUUUCUACUGGCUGUUGUACUCUGUUACUGGCCUUGUUGUUAAAGUUGAGCAGUUGAAUAAGCGCGUGGAGAAGUUGAAGGCUCAGGAUUAGGAUUGAACUGAAUGAUUCGUUUGGAUAUUGGAUCGGGUUUCAGGUUUUGGGAUUUUCAUUUUCGGAUCGGAUCGGCUCCACUUUUUUGGUGCUAGUUAUAUGGUAUGGCAUAUUUAGUGAACCGUGUUUCUGUUGUACUGCUUUGAUCGUUAAUUACUAGUAAUAAUGUUGUACGACUUGGUUAACUGCUCAAUAGGUUGGGUUAUAUUGUUCUGAUAUUGAGAUUUUGCUAAUUAUACAAUUAGCCAGUGCUUGUUUGAUUUGUUUCUUAAUUGCUUUAUGAUCCUGUUGA